AUGACUAAAAAGUUGACUCCACAAGAGAAACAAAAUAGAAAACCAGCAGUUAGGGCUUGUGUUUUUUGUCACCAAAAACAUCUACAAUGUUCCAAUGAGAGACCUUGCAAGAACUGUGUCAAACGAAAUAUAGGCCACGAAUGUCGUGAUAUUGUACGAAAACGAGUUCAAUAUUUAACAGGUAAUGGAAAAGGGUCAUCAAGCAAGACAAAAACACCAAGGAAGAAGCUAAAAAGUACACCUAUUACUGCGUCCAGUCCAUCAGUAGCAUCUACCAUUUCACCAUUACCUAUUGAUGCUGGUUUGAAACAAGAAUUUCUGACCCCGAAUGAAAUACCCAUGUCUGAACCAUCAUUAACUAACCAGCCGUUAUCCAUGUCUCCUUUGAAUCCCCAGGGUGCCAACAAUAUCACCAAUAACUUUAAUUCUCAUGCAACAAGUCAACAAAUUAAAGAGAUACUAGAGGUACCUCCACAUGUGAAUUCCAUGAUGAAUAAUUCAGGACUUAAUACCAAUGUCAGUUUAACUCCUGAAACAUUGAUGAUCCCAGAUCAUUUACAAUUCCAUACUACAACCAUGUUGAACACCACAAACGAUGUUUUGAAUAAGUUACUCACAGAUCAGUUUGAAACCGAAUCAUUGAUCAGUGCGAACAACAGCAACAACACCAGCCAUAAUGAUAACUUUAUAGCCCAGAAUAAUAACAACAAUCCAGAACCAUCCAAUCUUCAUAAUAGACAUCAAUUCAGUUCAAAUUACUUGAAUGAAGAAUACCUAAUGUUGGGAGACAUAUUGUUACACUCGAAACCCGUGAGCCCAUCCCCAUCCAAUACCAGUGCUUCAGAAUAUAAUACAAAUACUUUGUCUCCAACAAAUUUUGGAUUUAUUCAGAAUAUUGAUUUCGAAGGAUUUAACCAACCAAAAAAGAAAGUUGCAAAAAAAUUAAAAGAGUCACGGCCUUUUAUUUCAUUAGGUUAUACCGAUGAUUCGACAUUGAGAUUAAACCAUGCCCCAGAAGCUAAUGGCCAGACAGAAGAUUUGUUGGACCAUAAUAAAGAUGACUCGAGAAAGAACCCAGGCAAUGGGAACCUGAUUAUCAACUUUGAAACCAAAUAUGUCAAGGACUAUGUCGCCCCGUUCAUUACUAAUGGGUUAUACCAAUCUGUGAAGGACAUCUACAGUUACCAGAUUAUAAACUAUGAGUAUCCUGAUUCGUAUCAUGCAUUGACAAAAUUCUUGAAAGAGCGCUUUGGUGGAAAUGACUUAUCAAUUGAUGAGAGAAAAGAAAAACGAUCAAAGUUGUUGGUCAUAUUGAAGUUGAUUGCCAGCUACAGACCAACAUUCAUUGCUGCUCAUAAAUCACUUUUAAAGCCACAAGAUUUGUUAUUUCUUGAAAUGAGUCUUCAAAGAUCAUUAUUGGAUUAUAAGAAAUUGGUUGAGUUGAGCUCAUCGCCUUCUAUUAUGUGGAGAAGAACUGGUGAAAUUAUUUACAUUACUGAAGAAAUGGGGUUGUUACUUGGAUACCUGCCAAUUGAAAUACUAGAGAAGCGAUUCUUCCUUUUCUCCUUGAUGCCAGAUGAAGAAAUUAUCAGAUACUUUAAGUUCUUCAAAAACAUUGCUGUUAAUGAUUUACAAUCGCUGAUCUCCAUAAAAGUUAAAUUGAUUAACAAAGAAGGUAGAUUGGUUGAAUUCUGUUCAGUGUACACCAUAAAAAGAGACAUUUUUGAUAUUCCAAUGUUGAUUGUCGGACAAUUCCUACCAGUUAUGUAG